ACGAGUAUGGCUCUUGUCCGCGGCAAGUAAAACUACAUUAAGACUGGGUCCUACUAACCCAAAGCUUGCGCAGUAGUUACAACCAAGGCCAAGAUGGCCGACCUUUCCCCCUGAUACUUGAGGAAGGACGUUUAAACGUUCCUUCCUGUCAAAGAUUUGUUCAGAUUUAAGUGACAUUGUACCGCAAGAUGGCUACAGUCUGGGGCAACGAGGACGUGGCCUGCUAUUUCACCACAAAGCAUUCGUGGCGCGGCAAGUACAAGAGGAUCUUUUCCAUCGGGACGAAAGGAAUAACUACCUACAACCCUUCGAAUCUGGAGGUCACAAAUCAGUGGGCCUACAAUGACUUCUGCAGAAUUGCACCCAGUGCCAAAGCAGCUAAUGAGCUUAUCAUUACGAUGAAGAAAACUGGUGCAAGUAAGAAAAUCCAGAGCAUGACAUUUUCUACAGAACACAGAGCUGAUCUAUUAACUGAAGCACUACGAUUUCGCAAAGAAUUCUCAGACUUCAAAGCAGGAAGUGAAGUGCGUUUCAAUGCUUACAAGUAUCACUGGAGUGACACAAGACUGCCUGUGGUGCUAGAGGUUACUCCUUGCUCCUUGGACCAAAUUGAUCCUACAACAAGAGAAAAGCUCUGCUCAUAUGAUUACAAGGAACUGGAAGGAGUUGUACCGGUGUCAGACUACCCAGGGGGAAUUGCAGUUGUUUAUGGCGGUUUUAGUAGACUUCAUCUCUUUGCACUGGAACAGAGAGAUGAGCUAAUGAAGAAAAUGUCAGAAUAUGCCAUGGCUUAUGUUGGUGUCUCAAUCAAACAAAGGAGUAAACCUAUAACACAUGACCAGUUUCUAAAACACAAAUUUGGAAAAUUUAGUGAAGAUGAACAUAUCACAUCAUUAGCUGAGUUUAAAGUCCAAAAAAUAUCACCAAGACAUCAUGAUCCUGUAGUCCGCACCUUAUGUUUAUCAGAGACAUGUAUCAUAGAAAGAGAUCCCGCAACGUACAUCAUUGUCAGCUGUCAUCCACUUUCUGAUGUGUUUGCCAUUAUUCGCAGUACCGAAAAUCCUCAGAUGUUUGCUGUGGAGUUCAUCCGUGGAGCCACAAAGAAAUUCAUGUCAACUGAGAGGGACUCUUUGCUGGCCAGUUUGCUCGACGGUGUCCGUGCCAGUGGCAACAGAGACGUCUGUGUCAAAGUGAAACCAACUAAGAGAGGUUUCAGAUUUGCUCCAGUCAUAUCAACUGUGGAUGAGGAAGUUGAAAGUCAACAUCUGAGAUUUCUUGCUGUUCCUCCAGCCACAUUUGCAGAAGCAGUAGAAAGGUUUAACAGCAACAUCCCUUACAAUGGAUUACUUCAUGCAGUUACACAAGAUGGGCUGUUUGCUGAGAACAAAGAAAAGCUUAUAACAGGAGCAAUCACAGCACUGUUAGCAAUGGAAGGUGAUCAAAGCACCAUCACGGUUGAAGAUCUUGAAGGACAGUUUCAAGCCAUUAGGAGACUUGUUGCUUCAAAAGCAGGAUUUCAAGCCUUCACAACUCUACCCAAGUUCAGAGACAAGCUUGGUGUGAAGGUUGUUAAAGCACUGAAAAGAAAUGAUGAUGGAGUAACGCAUGCUGCAAUUGACAUGCUCUGUGCGUUGAUGCAGCCCAUGCAUGAUAACUAUGACCUCAGGCAAGAACAGAUGAACAAAUCAUCACUUUUGUCAUCAAGAAAAUUCCUUGCAACACUCCUAGAUAUCUUCACUACCCAUGUAAACAGAAGCACAGGAGCUCUUGUUGUUAGUUCACUUCUUGACUUCCUGACUUUUGCAUUGUGUCCACCAUACAGUGAAACAACAGAAGGAACUCAGUUCGACACCUUGUUGGAAAUGGUUGCGGAUCUUGGACGUAACAUUUUCAAAUUAUUCCAGCAUCCAUCCAUGGCAAUUGUGAAAGGGGCUGGAAUGGUAAUGAAAGCUGUAAUCGAGGAGGGAGACUCAGAGAUUGCAGCAAAAAUGCAGGAUCUUGCCUUGGCUGAAGGAGCCCUGCCUCGUCACCUUCACACAGCAAUGUAUACUCAGAGCUCAGAUAACAGAUUACUCACAAACAGACAGCUUAGCAGGCACUUGGUUACUCUGUGGGUCACAGGUCAUCCCACUGCCAUGGGACUUCUGAAGAGGAUAAUGCCUGCAGGACUCAUGAAUUAUCUCCAGUCAGAAGAAAAGGUCCCAGAGGCCGAGAUUGACAAGCUCCAUGUCCGAGACAAUGUGAAACUUGCUGAAGUAAGCAACAAAAACAAUUGUUGGUCCAGCGAUAUUAGCGAUGUAUUUGUUUCCCUUUUAAAAACAAAUUCUACUGAAUUAACAAGUCUGAAUGUAAAUUUACAUGCGUUUUGGCCACUGUUAAUUAUGUUGCAUUCUUCACACACCAGGUUCAGAGACAAGCUUGGUGUGAAGGUUGUUAAAGCACUGAAAAGAAAUGAUGAUGGAGUAACGCAUGCUGCAAUUGACAUGCUCUGUGCGUUGAUGCAGCCCAUGCAUGAUAACUAUGACCUCAGGCAAGAACAGAUGAACAAAUCAUCACUUUUGUCAUCAAGAAAAUUCCUUGCAACACUCCUAGAUAUCUUCACUACCCAUGUAAACAGAAGCACAGGAGCUCUUGUUGUUAGUUCACUUCUUGACUUCCUGACUUUUGCAUUGUGUCCACCAUACAGUGAAACAACAGAAGGAACUCAGUUCGACACCUUGUUGGAAAUGGUUGCGGAUCUUGGACGUAACAUUUUCAAAUUAUUCCAGCAUCCAUCCAUGGCAAUUGUGAAAGGGGCUGGAAUGGUAAUGAAAGCUGUAAUCGAGGAGGGAGACUCAGAGAUUGCAGCAAAAAUGCAGGAUCUUGCCUUGGCUGAAGGAGCCCUGCCUCGUCACCUUCACACAGCAAUGUAUACUCAGAGCUCAGAUAACAGAUUACUCACAAACAGACAGCUUAGCAGGCACUUGGUUACUCUGUGGGUCACAGGUCAUCCCACUGCCAUGGGACUUCUGAAGAGGAUAAUGCCUGCAGGACUCAUGAAUUAUCUCCAGUCAGAAGAAAAGGUCCCAGAGGCCGAGAUUGACAAGCUCCAUGUCCGAGACAAUGUGAAACUUGCUGAAGAUUCGUCCAAACCUAAGAAGAACCAGUACUUUGUACAGCUGGAUGUUGUGUUAACUCACUGGAGGACAAAGAUGGGAUUGAAAUCAAAAGAUACAAAUCAGAAGCCUGUGAUUCUAAGAAAGAGAAGACAAAGAAUCAAAAGUGAUGCAAACUGGGAACUAUUCUACUACAAAUGUUGCUUGAUGUUGUUACAGAUGAAGGACAUGUCGGCUGAAGGAACUCUACGACCUGAAACAAAGUGCUGGGCUCAGGGUAUGGAUGGUUGGAGGCCACUGCAGAGCAUCCCACAGCUCAAGUGGUACCUGCUAGCAACUGGAAACGCUGUUAUGAAUGAAUCCGAUUUGGCUGUUCUGAUCUUGAACAUGCUCAUCAAGAUUUGUGAAUUCUACCCAAACAGGGAUGCUGACGGUGCCAUUGUGCGACCGCUUCCAAGAGCAAAGAGGAUGCUGUCAGAAGCAACGUGUUUGCCUCAUCUGGUUCAGCUCUUGUUAACCUUUGAUCCCAUUAUUGUGGAGAAAGUUUCGAUUCUUCUUCUGGAUAUGAUGGUGGACAACCCUAUCCUGCCUCGGCUCUACCUGACUGGAGUUUUCUUCUUUAUCAUGAUGUACACUGGAUCAAACGUGCUGCCUAUUGGAAGAUUUCUUCAAGAAGUACACACGAAACAGNACAUUUUGGGCCUUGUUUCUUUUCAGGACAUUUUUGAGAAAGUGAACAAGGCGUAUGAGUUUCUGUGUUCUAAGUCUUCAAGAACAGUACAAGGCCCUGAUCCACACAAUAUUGUGCUUAUUCUCAAGUCGCAGUCCAUUCUCUUCAAGAGAUACAAGGAAGAGCUCCAACCAUACAAGUACGCUGGUUAUCCCAUGCUGAUCAAGACCAUCAGACUCGAGACAGGAGAUGACGCUUUGUUCUCCAAGUCUGCUCCUCUGCUGACAGCUGCGAGUGAACUCGCUUAUCACACCAUCAACUGCUCAGCGCUUAACGCUGAGGAACUACGCAGAGAAGACGGAAUUGAGGCGCUACAAGAAGCUUACACUCGUUGUUUAGAGGCCCUCACUUCAUCAACUGAACCCCACGAAGUACCAGUCCAGAAUCUCCCAGCGCUGUGUUCAGUUGCGGCGGAGUGUGUUAGUGCUUUCAGUGCGGAAUUUUGGCUUCAAACGCAACUUUUACAGGCUGGUGUUUUGUGGCACUUACUGCUGUUUCUCUUCAAUUAUGACUACACACUGGAUGAAAGCGGCGUUGAGAAGAGUGCAGAGACUAACCAACAGGAAAUUGCUAACAACCUGGCACGUUUGAGUAUUGAUGCAUUGGCCAGGCUCGGGGGAUAUCUGAGUGAUGAAAAUUUCACCCCUGAAAACCCAGCCAUCAGGAAGUCUCUCUCCAGCAUGUUGACUCCUUACAUCGCUAAACAACUCAGCAAUGACUCGCCGAAAGAGAUCCUAAAGAUGUUGAACAGUAACACAGAGAAUCCUUAUCUUAUCUGGGACAACGCCACAAGGAUAGAACUGAAUGAAUUUCUGGAAACUCAGCAACUACGAAAGAUCAAAACGGGUGAAUGUGACUCUUCAUUUGGUGCUCGAUUUACUUUCUCCGUUUUCAGCGAAGAGCUGAUUGUGGGAGAAAUCUUUGUGCGUAUUUACAAUGAGCAGCCUUUAUUUCCACUUGAGGUAAGAAAUGUCUUUUUUUUAACAUUACUUAUAAUUAUAAAUUGACGACUUAUCAGGAACAUUUUCACUUAGUAAAGAACGAAUCCAGGACGCUUCAGUUGCGACUGCUACCUUUGUUUAGAGCGUUUUCAAGAUAUAGAUGUGUCUCAAAUGUAUUUGGUACGUUUUGCAAUGCGGAGAUUGUGUUAGUUGUAGCUGUUAUGGAGCGUCCUGAUCGUUGUGGCUGUUUGAGAUCUCUCGGUGGGUGUCCUUGUUGUGAUAUUUUGUGCUCGUUUUGAUGACUGUGGUUGUUAGGGCUCUUGUGGGUGUUUUGGUCCCUUGGGAGGUUGCAGCCGUUGUGGCCC